GUCUUGCACAGGUGUUCCGGCUCCUCCCCUUCAGUCUUGCACAGGUGCACUGGCUCCUCCCCUUCAGUCUUGCACAGGUGUACUGGCUCCUCCCCUUCAGUCAUGCACAGGUGUACUGGCUCCUCCCCUUCAGUCUUGCACAGGUGUACUGGCUCCUCCCCUUCAGUCAUGCACAGGUGUUCCGGCUCCUCCCCUUCAGUCUUGCACAGGUGCACCGGCUCCUCCCCUUCAGUCUUGCACAGGUGCACCAGCUUAUCCCCUUCAGUCUUGCACAGGUGUACUUGCUCCUCUCCUUCAGUCUUGCACAGGUGUACUGGCUCCUCCCCUUCAGUCUUGCACAGGUGCACCAGCUUAUCCCCUUCAGUCUUGCACAGGUGUACUUGCUCCUCUCCUUCAGUCUUGCACAGGUGUACUGGCAUGUCAGCUGAUCCCAUGUUCAUAGGUCUCUCAUAUAACACACACAUAUACACACACAUACACACACAUACACAU